AUGGCGUUGCCAAAGCGAAUCAUCAAAGAAACUGAGAGACUAGUGAACGAUCCUGCGCCUGGAAUUACUGCCGUUCCUCACGAGGACAAUCUUCGGUAUUUCAAUGUCACAAUCGCCGGUCCUGGUGGCAGCCCUUUCGAGGGCGGUAUAUUCCGCCUUGAGUUGUUCUUACCAGAAGAAUACCCCAUGAACCCUCCAAAAGUCCGCUUCCUGACCAAGAUAUACCAUCCCAAUAUAGACAAGCUAGGGAGAAUAUGUCUUGACAUCUUGAAGGAUAAAUGGUCACCGGCUCUGCAAAUAAGGACAGUUUUACUAUCGAUCCAGGCUCUCUUGUCAGCUCCUAAUCCGGAUGACCCGUUGGCAACUGAUGUCGCCAAACACUACAAGGAGAACGAGGCCGAUGCUCACCGAGUAAGCAAGGAGUGGACAGAGACAUAUGCGACGUAA